UUCAGAACUUCAGCCGCACUAUUCACUCCUGAAAAUCUGAGCUCAGUCUUCACAGCCCGUCUUCUUUUUGUCUCAUUCAUUACUUCAGGUGCCAACAUGUCUGCUGAAAAGUGUCUCGCUAAAGGUAGCGCUGCACCUGGCCCAGUCCCUAAAGGGUACAUCAGAGUUUACAGCAUGAGGUUCUGCCCUUUUGCCCAGAGGGCCAGAUUAGUGCUGAAAGCCAAAGGAAUCAAGCAUGAAAUCAUAAAUGUCCAUCUGGCAGACAAGCCAGAGUGGUACCUUAAAAAGAAUCCAUUUGGGAUUGUCCCGACACUGGAGACACCUGCUGGUGAGGUGAUAUAUGAGUCACCGAUCACCUGUGAAUACUUGGAUGAAGUUUACCCUGAAAAGCAGCUGCUUCCUUCUUCUCCUUUUGCUAAAGCUCAGCAAAGAAUGAUGUUGGAGUAUUUUUCCAAAAUGAUAGGAUACUUUUACAGGAUCCUAUCAGGGAGAAAGAAUGGUCAGGAUGUCUCAGGACUGGAAGCUGAACUGAAAGAAAAGCUUUCCAAAUUGAAUGAGGACCUUGUUAACAAGAAGACCAAGUUUUUUGGUGGUGAUUCCAUAACAAUGAUUGACUACAUGAUGUGGCCGUGGUUUGAGAGACUGGAGGUCUUUGAGCUGCAACACUGUCUGGAUGGCACACCUGAGCUGAAGAUGUGGACAGAGCGCAUGCUGGAAGAUCCAGCUGUCAAAGCCACCAUACACAGCAUAGACGCCCACAAGGCCUUCUUCAAGUCCUACGUUGAAGGAAAACCAGACUAUGACUAUGGCCUGUAGAAGUUUGUGCUGAUAUCACUGAACAAAAAUAUAGCUGUCUUUAUAUAUUACUGUGUCAAACAAAUCAGGUCUGUUUUCAAAAUUCUGAUGUGACAUGUGUAAAGAGUUGAAGAGUCUAAAAAGUGAAUGUGAGUGAUUUUCAAAUAAAAAUUGUC